CCCAUCAUGGGACCUUCGUUUGGGCGACAAAGCACAAGUGCAUGAUAUGUCACCACAUACAGAUACAAGAAGGCCAAGAACCGAGGCUUUCUCACGUCAUGUCCUCACUCCUAGGAUUCUCUCUGGUGACUUUCCAAUUGCCGAGAGUUUGUUGUUUCCUUAUGGAGAUGGAUGCUGCAGCUGAUAGAUUCUGAUCUGGUCCCAACAGAUCUUUUGGGUCGAGCGAGUUCAAACCCAAAUAGCCUCUUUGGCUGGGGAAUCUCUGCGAUUUCCAUGUUAGAUUUUUUCUUCUUUGUUCUAGUUGGACAUGCUUGUAACGUAAUCUUUGAUGGCAUCACCAUUUGGGGACUUGAUUUCUGCGUCUUUCUUUUUUUGUGUUUGACCGGGUAGGGUUCAUCUUCUUUUCCCUGGACAAUUUCUAAGAUCUUCUGAUGUAAUUUCCUACAUUGAUUGCGUUGGUUUUUAGGGGUGGCCACUGCAAGGGCUCGACUGUGUUGAUUGAAGUUGUUUCUCUCUGUUGGAAAUAUGAAACCAUUCAUCCUUUCUAAGUUUUCUGUUUCCUUCGAGCCUUGCAUUACAGUCUUCAGUGGUUUGUGCUUCUUUUAUGCAGGGAAGGUAGUCCUUCUCCUCGAGGAUCGUAAAGCUUGACCUUUUCCUUCUUUCCCCCCUUUCUUGUGUUCGCUUGAAGUUUAGACUUGAAAGGUUGUGUGAAUUCUUUUUGUCGGACUGGCUAAGAGGUAGGAAAGUAGCUGGUGUCUCUGGGCCUUAAAGAAAGCAGCAAGAUGGGGCACCGAGCCUGAUGAUCCGAUGGUAUUCUAGGUUUCAGCAGGAAGAACUGAUAAAUGAGCAUGACAAUGGCGACUCAGGGCGUUGGUGGAGGGCAGCAGUCACCGAUCCAGAGCUUGGCCAGGCAAGGGUCCCUUUACAGCCUCACCCUCAAUGAGGUCCAGAGCCACUUGGGUGAGCCCUUGCACAGCAUGAACCUUGAUGAGCUCCUCAGGAGUGUGAUCCCGUGCGAGGAUAAUCAGUCUGCAGGCCCUGACGAUGGCGGCGGCACUGGCGUAGGAUGUCCAGGCAUCCGGUGCGAGGGGAGUAUCACCAUGCCGCGUGCCCUGAGCAAGAAGACAGUCGACGAGGUGUGGAGGCACAUCCAAACAGGGCAGAAGGAGAAUAGUGAUGGUGUUGCGGAUUAUGGAAGGCAGCCGACCCUAGGGGAAAUGACUCUUGAGGACUUCUUGUCAAAAGCUGGGGUGGUCACGGAAGGAUCUGAUCAGAGUAGGAGCAAUCGGAUUGGCAAUGUGGGUCUUGAUCCAAGGACACAGUGGUUGCAGCAGUAUCAUCAGCAUCAGCAGCAACAAGCUCAGCAGAGCAGAAUGGGAGCUUUUGUGGGUCAACAGGUGCCACAACCUCUGGCUGUCGGCGUUGGAACCAUGUUGGACUCGAGGUACCGUGAUGGUGAAGGAGCCAGUUUGUCCCCACUUGAUCCACAAACACCAAGGCGGAAGAGGGGGCCUUCGGAGGACACGACGAAGAAGACUGUCGAGAGGAAGCAGAAGAGAAUGAUCAAGAACCGUGAGUCAGCUGCCCGUUCACGAGCUAGGAAGCAGGCUUACACGAAUGAGCUGGAGAACAAGGUCUCCCGACUUGAAGAAGAAAAUCAGAGGUUGAGACAGCAAAGGGAGUUGGAAGCUAUGAUACACUAUAUUCCCCAGCCCGAACCAAAGCAUCAACUCCGUCGAACGAGUUCAGCCGCUUUCUGAUCCGACGAGAGAUCUGGAUGGGUUGGUCUAUUAAGUUAUGCAUUAGGAACAUAUGUUUGCAUGUUGAUUCAGCUCCAGGAUUCAUUCACAAUAGAGUGGGAGCUGAACGGUCUGCUGCUUGUGUUCUAAGAUUGUAUCUGGCCUUCUUUGGUUUGUCUAAGUGAAUGAUUUUGAACAUAAAGAACUCGAUGAGUAUUGUGAUAUAAGAUAUUCCACUUCUCAUGUGCCUUUACCUGUU